CGCAGCUUUUAGCCCUACCCACACGCCCUCACGGCCCGGGUACUGCGCUCGGCAACCGCACCCCGUGCCCGCUCUGGCCCCCGGGGUAGGCAGGCGGCCGGGAGAAGUCGCCAGGGACUACUUCGCCUCCUUCUCCCGUGGGCGCCCCCGGUUCGGGCAGCGGCGGCGGAAGGAGCGGGCGGCGUGAGCGCUUCCGCCGCCCCCCUCACGGCUCCCCUCUGGCGGGUGUGAGGAGCUGGCCCGCCGAGCUGCUGGUGGGCACUGGCUGGUGGGGGACCUGCGGCCGCUCUCCCGCUGCUUUCCGGGACCCUGUCUCCUGGGCGCGCCCGCUCUUCUCCGACCCGGGUGGGGGAGAUCGGCUCGCCUGCCCUGGCCUCACACGCUCCCCGCCGCCCCCUCCUCCCCCAGCUGGAGGCGUCCUGACUGGAGCGUGUCUGGAGGAAUCCGCCGCCGCGAGGCCCCUCGCCCGGUCCGGCUCGUGCCUGAGGACCGCUCCGGCCGCCUCCGGGCGCUAAGCGGGCAGCCGGCGGCGAGGUGGGAGAUGGUGGGGUGGGCUCCGGCAGGACCGUGCCGCCGCCGCCCGGAGCCUGGGCUCGGCACCCUCCCGCCGGCCCCCACCGAACGCAGCUCUGCUUCCUCCUCGCCGCAUCCCUGAGGGAAGCGCCGCCUCUGCUCCCGGGUUCUCCGCCCGCCCGCUCCUUCCUGGCCGGACCCCGCCGCGCUCCACCCCGGUGGCGGGAGGAGCAGCUCUCCAGUCAGCCUUCGCAGCCCCUCUUCCCUUUUUCCUUUCCACCCACCCUCCCCGGCCUCCUCGGAUCCCUUGGCUGGGCGCUGAGGCGGAGGAAGAGGCUGGGGUCGCCACGGCGGAGGUUGUUGCCGCCACCCCCCUGCGGGGGUGGCCGGGGUUCCCGGCUGGGGGGGCACCGUUCCGGGUGAGGCAUCCACCAUGGUGAGGCCCCUGAGCCGCUGCCCCCGCGCCCCCCCGGCCGCCGCUGCCUCCUGCCCCUCGGUGCUGCCGCUGCUCCUCCGCUUGCUGUUGCUCCUCCAUCUCCAGAUCGGAUCGCGGUGAGGGAAAGAUGAGCGAGGAGACGGCGACUUCUGACAACGAUAAUAGUUAUGCACGAGUGCGAGCUGUGGUGAUGACCCGGGAUGACUCAAGUGGUGGAUGGUUACCACUUGGAGGGAGUGGACUAAGCUGCGUCACGGUCUUCAAAGUCCCUCACCAGGAAGAGAAUGGCUGUGCUGACUUUUUUAUCCGUGGAGAGCGACUCAGGGACAAAAUGGUGGUUUUGGAAUGUAUGCUUAAAAAAGACCUCAUUUACAAUAAGGUCACUCCAACAUUUCACCACUGGAAGAUUGAUGACAAGAAAUUUGGCCUUACUUUUCAAAGUCCUGCUGAUGCUAGGGCUUUUGAUAGAGGCAUUCGAAGAGCUAUAGAAGAUAUUUCUCAAGGAUGCCCAACAUUUAAAAAUGAAGCUGAAGGAACAGAAGAUGACUUACAAAUAACGUUCAGUCAUCCGGGCCUAGACAGUCAGAGCAGAAGUAUAGAAUAUGUACAACGACAAAUAUCCAAGGAAUGUGGAAACCUAAAAUCCCAAAAUAGGGUCCCUUUGAAAUCAAUCCGACAUGUCAGCUUUCAAGAUGAAGAUGAGAUUGUCAGAAUAAACCCUCGAGAUAUCUUAAUACGUCGUUAUGCAGACUACAGACAUCCUGACAUGUGGAAAAAUGACUUAGAGAGAGAUGAUACUGAUUCCAGUAUUCAAUUUUCUAAACCAGACAGUAAAAAAUCAGACUAUCUAUACUCUUGUGGGGAUGAAACUAAGUUAAGUUCACUCAAAGACUCUGUGGUAUUUAAGACACAGCCUUCCUCAUUAAAAUUUAAGAAGUCAAAACGAAGAAAAGAAGAUGGUGAACGUUCCCGCUGCGUAUACUGCCAGGAAAGGUUUAAUCAUGAAGAAAACGGCAGGGGAAAAUGUCAGGAUGCUCCAGACCCUAUUAAAAGAUGCAUAUAUCAAGUUAGUUGCAUGCUCUGUGCAGAGAGCAUGUUAUAUCAUUGUAUGUCAGACUCAGAGGGAGAUUUCUCUGAUCCCUGUUCAUGUGACACUAGUGAUGACAAGUUCUGCUUGCGAUGGUUAGCCCUAGUAGCUUUGUCCUUCAUCGUACCAUGUAUGUGCUGCUAUGUCCCUUUGAGAAUGUGCCAUCGUUGUGGCGAGGCGUGUGGGUGCUGUGGUGGGAAGCAUAAAGCUGCUGGGUGAAAGGAUCCCGUGCCAAAAUGAGCUUAAAAUCUUUGUUUCCAGGAAUUAGCUGACUUGGAUUUGUGGAAGCUUUUGGCAAGCAAUAGGAAAUCUUGCCUGGUAUCAUUGGGGCCACACGUGGAGGAAGCAGAACUCGUUAGUUCUUGGCAUUUCACAAACGCUAGCCAUGCCUAACUUUCUCCCUUCAGAGCAUGGCAUGUUUUGUUACAGGUUGUAAAGCGUAUUUGCAAAAGGAAACCAUUUCUGGUUAUUGGCUAUACAAAGUGAGCAUAAAAUAUCCAACUUAAAAGGGAUUAAUUUUUGGCAUUUUUGUAUAUUUAUGCAUUAGGUGAUGGGACUUUUAAAGGUUUGAAUUCAUUAAGACAUAAACUAAAAGUGCACUAGGGGACGGUUGUUUUCAAUCUAAGAAAAGUUAACACUUGGGAAUUGUAAGAAGUAAAAUAAGUGCAACUAAAUCAUUUAUUAGUUGUUUUUUGAAAGCGGUUUUAUGUAUAAAUAACAAAUGUUUAUAUUUAACUAAAUAUAAGGUACGAAUUAUCACAUAUUAAACUUUUCUUCCCCUUCCUAGUUCUGAAGUAGAUGUACAUAUAUCUACUGUCACAUUCCAUUAUAUUUUGAAUAUUUUACUCAUCUAGUUAAUAAUGUUUUUAUUCCAUGUGAAUGAUUUGAUAUUUUCAUCUUCAUUUCCCUUUGGCUACAGUUUAUAUUGAGUUCUAUCUGUACAUUCUGGUAAUCUAAAAUCUUUAAAAAUAUUCUAAUAGCCUUGAGUGACCAAUUUUUUUUUUUUUUAAAGCACAGAUGUAAUUGUGUAAUGUUCUGAUGGGAACGUAACACUUAUUUUUAUAUAAAAAGAGACUGAGUAAACAUUAUAGAAAAAAGUGAGGUUUUGGGGUUGUUUUGUUUUUUGUGGUAUUCAACCAGCAAGUUGUUUUCUUUCAGAGUUUCCUCCUUCAAAAAAUCACAUUGCAUUUACAAAUGUUUUACAAGGCAAAAAGUGUAACUGGAUAGUCCAUGUAAAAGUUUCCUCCUGAGAUCUCCAUUUAUCAUUCUGCUAAACUAGAAUAUGUUCAGCUGUGUUAAUUUUUUAGCUUAAUUCUCAGUGCUUAUUAUUCACAUAACAAUAACUUUUCCCAGUUGCAUUUUAUUUUAUUUAAACUUGCCAAAAGCAGAAUUAUUUUAUGUUAAAGUAUAUACUAAACUAUCCCAGGAAAGUAUUUAAUCCAACAUUGUGAAUGAAAUAUCUUGUACAUAUAAUUUUAUUUCUUUUGCAGAGCAUUGUAUUACUGGAUGUUUUAUUUACAAAGUAGUUGGAUAAAUGUUCCAACAAAUUGUUUAAAGUAGUUGGGGUCAAUUUGUCUGGUUGGUUUGUUUUUUUGUUGGUUUUUGUUUUUGUUUUUUUUUUGUCUAAGUGUUACAUUAAAACUCUAACAAGUAAAGGGUUCUUUAAGAACAUUCCCUUAGAGGGAUAAAGUUGAGAAGUGUGCCUUUUUUUUUAAUGGCUUGAAGUUUCAGAAGUGAUAAAAUUAAAAUCACACUACCAUUUGAAGCUCAUUUCUAUGCAGGUUUUAAAAUGUCAUUUAUGUAUUGUUCUUUUUACAUAUCACACUUAAGCUUGUGUUAGCUUUCUUCUUUUGCCCCAGAUCAAACUGAACAAUGUAUAUAACACUAUCUGUCUGUAAAAUACUUUUUUUAAGAAAGCAUUUAUAUUUAUAUGACAGCUUGAACUGACAACAUUGUGUAUAUAGAUCAUCUUGAAGUAUUAUUUCACAUUGAAAAGAAGAAAAAUAUAUUGAUAACUAUAGAUGUUAUGAAGAAGAGGUUAUUUCUAGUUUUGUACUAAAAAUCAAUUGGAUGAACUAAAUCCAAAAUAUGACACUGUAGCAGCAGUUUUAAGACUUAUUUUUACUGUUUAUAUAAUUGAACACUGCUACACCAGAUGAUCUUCAUCCCUGAAGUUUUCAGCUAAACUUGGUUUCCUAGAAUAGACUGUUAACUUUCAAAAUUACUUUUUAUUGGUAAAAUGGAAAUAUUGGUUUUCCUUGUGAAUGAAUUUUCAUAUUUGUAAGUGCUGAGUUCAUAAUUCAGGUUUGAGCAAGGUGUGAAUAACUGAAGAAAAUAACUUGCUGGCCCUAUAGGAAAAUGCUGUGGAAAUGAACUGUGUAUAUACUUCUGGGAAGAACAAAUUUAAUCAUUUCUUCUGUUAAGCACUAAUCAGUAUAGUGCAACUCCUGGUUCUGUACUGUAUUUUAUAUGCAACAUAUAUGCUUUAAUAUUUUAAUGUUUGUGCAUUAAUAUUUUCAAUUUGUUUAACCACUUUGCUGCUAAGAUUUUGCCAUCCCAUUCCCAUUUUUUUCCUUUACAAUUUUAAACAAGUUUCUUCAUUAAAAACUAUGGUGAUGAAAUGGUUUUUAUUUCAUCUUGGAUCUUUAUAGUUAACACACUCAGAUUCCAAACCAGUCUAGAAUACUACCUGAUAAUAUAAUGUUGUCUGAAUCCCUCUGUGGAAAUGUUCUCUUGAGUAAAUUAGAGUUCUGUGGGGAAAAAAAGGAUAGUUUAAAUUUCUCAUUCUUAAAACGUGUAUAGGUAUGUUCAGGAGCAUUUUCUCCUGCAUACAGACUUGGCACUGCCAACUGACUUUUCCUCUGAAACCUUUCUCUUUGCCUUUAAUCUGGUAGUAUAAGCAAAUGGCUAAACCAGUUUAAGUAAUAGUAAAUAUUGAAAAUGAAAUCAUCUAGAUGGCAUAACAAGAAAGACUUUGGUCUGAUGGCUUGUUGUGUUCAGAACUGAUAGUUCUUAAAUGAUUUUUCUCCUGCCUUGACAGGGGAAUCAUUUGAUUUCUGAACAAAUAUGAGGUAUGGAACUUCAGCACCACCUACUGGAUGAUUUAUAGACCAGAGACAUGAGGUGGCAUCAGGAUCUGACAGGGUUCAUCACUACUACCAAUAAAAAGGGCUAUUUAAGUAGUGGCCACCUCCAAACAGAGAAAGCAAGAGUAAGAAAUAUCUCAAAGGAACUGUAAAACAAACCUUUUCUCUAAUGUGUCUUUUGGUCUCUGAAAGAUUUUAAGCACUUUUUUCUUAUAUAUCCUGUCUUAAAGUAUUUAUUGAUCUUUGGAACUGGCAAUCAAACUUAAUGGAUGUGCCGAAGCAUUUAUAAAACUAAUUCUUUUAACCUGCAAAAGCCAUUACCAAAAUGGUAUUCUAAUUUUCCUCCCAUUACUAGCCAGGGAGUCUUUUUAAAAAAAUAAAUAAACAUCACCUAUAUUUGAUCAUGACAACUUCAGAGAGUGUGUGUAUGUCUCUGGGAUGAUGUUGGGACAGGGGUUAAAAUGUAAAGGGGAAAACUUGAAACUACCUAUUUUCAUUGGUUAUUCAGCAGUGCCUAAAAAGAACUUUUGAAGUAAUACAAACGCACUUUCAAUUCAUGUGUAUAGUGCCAUCUGAUAUCUUGGGUAAGUCUUGCUUUUUCUUUUCUUUUACUCACCACCCCACCCCCUUAAUUGAAUGCCACAGAGAUGUUUUCUAAUAUCCAUAUAAGUCUUCAAAGUACAGGAAACAUGUACUUUCCUCCAGAUGGGCAAUUUAAAGGAUGUUUCCUUUGUUGAAAUUUACUUUAGGCUUUGUGAUUACUUUUUGGAAUAUGUGGGUGAGAUUGGGUUUUUAAUUUUAGCCCAAAGAUGCAUUAAGUAAGUGUAACAUUUUUCUACAUAAAACUUGGAAAACUUUAGUUACCUAGAAAACAGAUUCUUCACUAAAUAUUCUCAUUCUUAAUUUGAACUCCAGGGUCAUAUUUCUAAGUAGAAGGGAAAGCACACUAGAAACUUACAUUGUUGCACUUAAAAAAAAUUGGUCUAUGAACCAUGAUAAUAAUAGUACCAUAAGGUACUAUUGUUGACUCACUGUUUUGCAGUGAGUCAAAACAUUAAGAAAUCACAACCUGAGGUGAUUUAUAUAAACCAAAAAAAAAAAAAAAAACAACCCCAACAACAACAAAAAAAGGGCUUUAAGGUAUUAAGGUACUGUUUGCCUAGCAGCCAGGUGGUUAUAAAACUUUCAUAUGCUUUGAUACACUGAUGUUAGCCAUUGUUCCUGAAAGCUCCUUAAAUUGCAUAAGUUGCUAGUUUUGAAACUUUUCAAGAAUAAUCUAGUUGAAAAACCUUUGUAUUAAAGAUACACAUAGAUUUUUGUGAAUAUCGCCAGUAUGUAGUGUCAUUUGCUUUCUAUUCUUGACCUCAAAAGUGCCUCACUUGUAUAUUCCAUUAAAAGCUUGACUGCAUUCUUUCUAAUAAGCAAUGAAAAAUUGUUUAACUCAUGUCAUAAUGUAUCUCCUUAGAUAUAGUUGAUUAGCUUGAUAGUUUGGAUAUAUAAUGUAAAUAUGCAUAUAUAAGUUUGUAACUGUUUUUGUUACAUCAUACCCAUGUAAUUGGACAUAUCAGAUGAUAUAAGAAUUUGUUUUAAUUACCUGAUUAAACCUAUCAUGAAAUACAAAAGGACUUUUUCUUACUCUUCUAGAGGAUAACAAACUGUCACAUAAGAUAUAGUAAUUACUCAAGGAGAAAGCAGUAGAAAUGGACUUUUUUUUGGUCAUUUUUUAAGGUACGUUUUUAACUGAAAGUUCAUGUAUAUAGUCCAUCUUAUUGACACUUAUUCACCUUUGAUUGUAUCCAGAUUUUUUUAAUGGUUGUUACCUAUAAAUAGGUAAAUACAAUAAAUAUAAACAUGUUAUAUUUAUUGGUUUGGGAACAUGAUAUGCUAAAUCUGGAUUAAAUGGUAAUCCUUGAAUGAUAUUGAAAAAUUCUUAACCCAAGACUACUACUGAUUUUUUGUGUGUCCUCCUCAGUUUCAGAGUUUCAUUUGUAAUAUAAACAAAAAUAACUAAUAUUCUAGAUGAAAAAUUAAUAGGACAAUACUCAAAAAUCAUAGCUUAUUUCAACACCAGAGUAACUUUUGGAUUACUGUAUUAGUUAUAUUUACUUGAAGAAUCAAGAAUUAACUGUUCACCAUGAAUUAUGAAAUGUAGUCUCAUGUGCUUAUUUACAGGUUUUCAGAAAUUUACUUUAUAUUCUUCACAAUCAAGUUAAUAUCCACAAGUAAGUAGAAUGAUUUUUACAUCAGAGAAUUCAAACUAGGGUUUCUGCUUGGCCAUCAGUAUAGUGUCAUGCUUACAGUGGUCCUGAAAGAAAAAAAACAUUGGUAUUAAUAAAACUGGAGUUGACUCCUUUAAAAUUAACUGCUUUAAGAUUUGCAGUUUUAUAGAGAUCCUUUGAAAUGAUGGCUCAAAAAAUAUAUUCAUAAUAAAAGUCUAACAAAA